AAUCGCAGGGGGGCGAAUUCUGUCAACAGUGAAGAUGCAUUUGAUAAAAGGCCGAAGCAAUGGGGAUCCUUUCUGUCAGGCAGUAAAGGAAGUUGUACAAGAUUUGGAUUUGAAGAUUAAAAAUAUUAUCGAUUCACAACAUGAAGCCUUGACUGCCAGCACUACUGGACUUAGUCCAGAACGGCCAAAAUUGCAUUCUGUAAAUCACGGCACUGCGUAUUGUGGCAGAGAUACUGUAAAGGUCUUACUAGUUCUUCUGGAUGAAGAAGCUGUCAAUCCUCCCAGCCAGAACAAAGCAGAACUAUUAUAUGACAAUGAAAGCUUAAAUUUGUUUGGUAUCACCUCUGUUUUGGCACUCUUCAGAUCUCCAGCACAAUCCAAUGGAUCCUCUCCAAAACCUCUUAGACAACGUAUUCAGAAAUCUAUGAAUGAAAACAAAAUGAAGAUGAAGCAACCUUCAGUCAAAUCUCAGUUUGCAUGUACAUAUAAAACGGAAUUCAGUGAAAUAAAUGGUCGGCAUUUCCUCGGCAGUAGCCAAAUUCCAGUGUGCACAAAUCCUGCACCAAAGCAACAGUUAAAAACUGGACAUGUCACAGAAGGUAUGAAUUCAUGUCUUGAUGUACCAGUGCUUGGAACUAUUUCUGAAAAUGUUCACCAGACUAGAAGUUAUACAGAAAUGGGAAAGCUCAGUUGUCAGCCAAGAAACAAGAACUCCAAGAAUGAACAGAUGGAUUUGAAUAAUGACAAAGUAAUCUGUGAUAAGGAAAGUGAACCAUCUUUGCAAAAAAAUACUAAAAGAUCUAAGACUUCAAACAGUCCUCAGAAGGAAUUGGACAGCAAAAUCACUGGAAAAAGAAAACACAGCAAAACUGCAACCAAGGAUAAGUUGAUUGCUGGUCAGGCAAAAUUAACUCAAUUUUUUCGACUGUAA